GUGUACUCGACGGUACUUUUUGUUUACAAAAUGGCAGACUUUAGAACUUCUACUCUCGAUUAUUUCCCAGAGAACAUUUUAAUUGAUAUUUUAUCAUAUUUAGGUGUGCGAGAGCUCAUCAGAACUGGAAGGGUGUGUAAGAGAUGGAGACGCCUUGUAAAAGACCAACGACUAUGGCGAGCUGUUGAUCUAACUGCAUGGAAAGGGGUGACGUCGCGCAUGCUGUGGGUUCUACUGCGCCAGUAUCUGGGCACUGGGCUCCGAUGCCUGCGGCUGCGUGGCUUGCUGCUCUCUGCUAGAGGCGGGGCAUUUCUCUCAGAGUCCUGGCUUAAGGCUUUGUCCUCCAGGUGCCCCCGUCUGCGCAGUCUUUCCCUGCUGCACGCAGACCUGAGAGGCUUGCGUAGCUGCCAGCUCCUGCCCACAACGCUGCAGGUCCUAGAGUUGCGUGGCUGUGAGCUACCACAGGGCUUUUUCACCCAGACCCCACCCAGUCCUGAGAAUCAAGCUGGAGCUGCAUCAACUGCUGCUACUCAGCAACAGGGACGCGGUCAGACUGGAAAAGUGCCUGCCUCCACGUCAGGGAUUGCCAUUGAGAUGUUGGUCCUUGAUAACGUGCCCUCCUUCACAGACCUGCACCUGCAGAGUCUGGCAUCUUGGUUGAAGCUUAGCCGCCUAGAGCUGCGCAACGUCCUUCGGGUCACAGCGGAAGGCCUUAGGCGCAGUGCUGCCCAAGAAACCGACUCGGGCUUAAACGGGCUCUCCAGGCUCAAGUACCUGGAGAUAGGGCACUUUGGACGGCCUGGCGCCCAGCUACAGAUGGCCUCCCUGGGGCUGGGGGUGGGCUGGCUCGGCCUAGAGGAGCUAAGCCUUGGCGGUAAGGAGGUGGGACCAGGCCUGCUGUCUGCCAGCCGCCUGAGGGACCUGAAGCGCCUGCGCCUCAGAUGCUGCAAGCUGAGGGAGAUGCAGGUGCUACGGAGCUGCAGGACGCUGCGGGAGCUGCGUCGGUUGGAGUUCUGUGAGGUGUUCUUCCAGGUUUGCCCAAAGACACCAGAGAGGGGGGGGGAGAGGCAGGUUGAGGAGGGGAGGGAGGAUGGCGCAGACAGUGGUGAUGGAAGCAAUGAUAAACUGGAUGAGAAUGACCCUGUGCCAAGUCUGCGCCGUUCACUUGCUGCUCUGCUGCCACAAUGUACACUACUAUUCACCAACUGCACUGUUACAAUAACAUCAGACUAGAUUACAUACUAUGUUACACAUCUGGUUCCCUUAUUCUACUGUGGUGAAAAUACAAGCUGUCAAAGCUAUACUUAAAACCUGUUUGCAAACUCUCAUGAAUCACCUUUUUGUUGACAUAUGUAGAAAACAAAUGUACCCAUUAACAAACCCAAUCAAAAUCUAUUUUAAACUUUUAUACAGCUGUGCAAUUGAACAAAAAAGGCACAGUUAAUGGUUACACAAACACAUGCAAUGAACUGUCUCACAGGAAAUGUAAUGUUUCAAUUCCACCCCUAGACCAGGGCUAUUCAGCUCUUAAAGGCACUGCAUGGUCAAUCCAAUGUCUGCAGUGGCUGUAUAGCAUUUACUGCGAUUCGGCCUCUGCAUGCCUCCGGAGGCUGCCUUGAGAAGAGAUUCAAUUAAUAUAUUGCAACUCUGGGGGGUUUCAGUAGGCUAGAAGUAGCCCACUAGUUUUGCUAACUGGCCCCCUCAAGUCUAGGGUGGAAAAAACUCUGGUUGUGUGAUUCUCCAAAGAAUUAUGUUGCCUAUAUUAAGAUAUGAGAAAGUACAAAUUAGAACUGUUUUAACCUUUUUCCACCAAGAAACUAAUAAGAAUUUGUUCUUAACCGACUUGCCUGGUAAAAUAAAUUAAUUGCAAAGUAGAACAUACUUCAAUAGAUCAUGAAUAAACAAAUAUCCAGGAAAUAGGAUCAAGCUCUCUCAAUCUGUAAAACACACUCAACAUUUAUCCCAAACUUGGUCCUGGGCCCCCCCCCCCCCACCUAGGUGCACGUGUAGUUUUCUGUCCUGGCACUACACAGCUAAUUGAA